GAUUUUAAUCACAUGAACUAAUUACAUAUUCCAUUCAUUCAAGUUCAGAGAGGAGAGACUAUUUAGUAGACAGACGUUGCUGAAGUUUUAGCAAUGUUAUGUGGUUAAAUAAGCAGAAUUGGAUAUCAUGGCAUCAUACAAAUUAAGAUAUUUUCAGGUAUGAAAAAUGAACAGCGGUAAAAUCCUAACCUCUCUGUGUUGUAUCGUCUCUGCCUUCCUGUUGUUGGUUUGCCAGUCUGCAGCCCUACCAAAAGAGAAAUCCAAUUGUAACCCUACAGUAGAUAUUGUUUUUAUGCUUGAUGGCCAGUCCAGCGUGAACUCCAGGGAUUUUUUUAAACAAAAGGCGUUCAUCCGGGACAUCUUAGAUCACCAUGAAUCCCCUGCAGGAGCUGUGCAGGUCGGUUUCGUGGUUUGUGCAAAUGGAAACUCCACCACGUCUGAAUUCCGAUCCUACUCAUUUGAUAUUCUUGAGAACUUGAGAAAGCUGGAAAAACCUGUGAACAAAGGCAAACAUACAGAUCAGUGUAUUCGAGCCCUGAACAGGGUGUUUGCCUAUGGUGGUAGAGAAGGCGUCAAAAAAAUUGCAGUACUGCUAAUAGGAAAGGACAAUCCAUGGAACGAUAAAGCUACCAUAGCGCAUGUGCAGGAGGCAAAGGAUAACCAUGUCGAUCUACUGGUUAUUACAACUGGCAACAAAAACUUCAGAAGGUUGCAUGCGCUCCGGAACAUUGCUAGUGACGAUGGGAAGUUUUUUGUGCUGACGUCAUAUGAUGGACUAAAGCCAUUGUCGGCUGACCUGUCUACGGGAUCAUGCUUACCCAUUGCUCUUGAUCUCAACGCCAAAAAAGAGAGGACGUCAGCUCCAGUAACCACACCAAGGCACGUGAUGCCAAUUUCCGUUUCCGGUGCCAUGUGUCGAUCUGCUGGAAACUCGGCUCUUGAAAAGCACAUACUUUUCUUUGGUUGGGUCAAGGUUAAUUGUGCUGACAAUGAACGUGCUGAUUUGUCAGAAUGCAAGUGUGUACCUAGACCAUUAGUCACUGCCAAAGAUGCAGAGUCGUCUAAAUCAACAACGCUAAAAAAGAUGCAACGUAAAAAAGACAAGUAUACAGCAACGACUGUGUCUCCUAAGGAAAGAACUUUAACAGGCAUUGCACCACUUGGGGAAUCUGUAAAGAUUCCUUUUGAGUAUGUAACAAAAGCACCACAACAGACGUCGACGGCAAGAACUGAAUCCACAUCCAUAGCUCCUGUCGAUCCAAAGCCCAAUAAAAUGACAAAUCCCCAAACACUUGGUACAUCUACUAUUGUUCCUGAAAUAAAAACUACUCUUUAUCCCGGACAUUCACUUCUUAAGACUCCAAAGCUUACACCUAAAAUUGAUUUAUCUAUAUUUUUACCCCCUGAAGAGCAAACAAAUGAAACCUAUGAACCAAAGGGUGCGGAUCUUCAGACUAUAUUCAAUCUUUUGGAUCUAAAUAAUACCUCAACUCCAGCUUCAAAUGAUAGCACUAUACGUUUUAAUGAAACUAAUUCGUCGUAUAAUGAUACGAUUGAGAAUAAUAUACUGAACUCAGCAAUUAUCUCAUUACUUGAUAAAGACAUGGAAGAAACUAAGAAAACUUUCGAAGACAAUCUGAAAUCAUCUAUCAAAACUAACACAAAAACAAGAAGAAAGAAACCUAAAAUGCUUCUCCCCCUUCCAAAAUAUUUACAUACUCCUGGAAAAAGCGUUCCGGAAACGGAAGCUGCAGUUCCUUUAGUUCUUCCUUCUUCUUUGACCAUUAUUGACUCUGCCAUAAAGACACUUUCGAAUGAUUCAGUCUUCACUGCUUUGAAUGCAACCCAUGAAAACACGACAGAAUUAAACGAAACUGAUUCUGGUAAUCUUUCCUCGCAGAAGAAGUUGCUAUCAUUACUUCAAACUGAGAAUUCCGUACAAACCAAUAUCAUUUCCUUUUUAAAAGAUACCACAUAUACUAAAUCUGAAAUCCUAGACAAUUACACACAGGAGAAUUCUUAUAUAUCGGACAACACUUCCAGACAUGGGACUCUUAAAUCAGAGAGUGACGUGCUUAAAAAUUCCUCCAAGUCAGCUCUCCUGAUUAAAUUAUUGAACAUUGAAAACAGCCUUCAAUCCAGACUUAUAUCGCUGUUAAACAAAGAAAAUUUCUUGCUGGGUCACACGGACUAUGAUUACCCUGAUCUUCCAACACUUCCUCCUCUACUUCCGGAGUCAACCACUGCAGCGAUUCCUACUGAUAGUCAAAGUGUUUUAGAGACCACCACUCCUUCUACAGAAAACACAACAGAUUCCAGUGACGUUGUCGAUCUCUUCGAAUCCAUCAACGAGCUGGAAUCGGCCAUCGCCAUUAUCAUGAAUAAAAAAUCUGUCCGAAAAGUCCACUCAGAUGAGCAUCAUCCAGUUGAGGAGAAAAACUCUUCAGUGCACACUUCUAGUGGAAAUCUUCCUGAGUAUAAUGCUAGUGAUCGUUCUUCUGAAAGUGAAGUUCUAGUUGCCAAACAAAAUGUCCCAACAUCAGAUGCAACUACAUCUUCUCCUCUUCUCAUCACUACGACAAAUAUCGUUUCAUCAUCGGCAUCAUUGCUUACGCCUGAUCAGAAAGGAUAUAAAAGUUCUAGUACAUAUCCAACAAAGUCAGCACCUCUAGUCACAACUGCUUUACACAUUGUUAAACAAAAGGUCACAAAAGUAGCUCUUCCUCCUCAUCCAAAACGCCAACGCUCUCGUCAACGAACAGGAUCCUCUCGGGAUUUUCGUCAUUCUUCACAUUUAUCAAACUUACUUUCUAAAAGGGAAAGAGAUGCUCGCAGAAAAGGUCAAGCGACAUCAAAUUCAAAACAGGCGGUGACAAAAUCACCGACCAAAAAGUUAUCAAAAUCGCCAAAGCUUAAUGUAACACGAACAAAGAUUCAACCAACAAGUCCGUCCUCUAAAGUGACAUCAUUACCUUCAUCUUCGUCAUCAUCACCAUCAUCUUCAUCGAAAUCAUCAUCGGUAGACCCUGCUUCUCCAUUGACAGUUGAAUUCACGAAAAUUGUGAAAAAGGACGUUACGCCUUCUGUUCCGAAGGUUGCUGAUAACAAUAUAAAAAAUGAAAAGAUGAAACUAUUUUAAAAAGGAAACUUUUCAUUAAAAAUGACAUCUUAAGCCAAUAAUAUAUAGCGUAUGAAUAGAUGAAAUUACUUAACUAUUUGUGUGCACAAACUUAUAUCUUUUGCAUAAUUAUAUGUACACGUAUUAGAUGUGUCCAAGAACACAGACUGAUACAUAGUACACGGUCAAUUUACCGUAUUUAUACGGGCGACAAUCGUAUUUAUUCUGUGUAAAUAGCUUAUGUAUUUAUUUUUUAAUGUAGAAUAAAAUUAUUUAAAUAUUUAA